AUGAAGAACGUGGUUUUGGCGCUGUUAACUUAUAAAGUUGGAGCAGCAUCAAAGGAAAUAAAGAAAAGAAGCUUGAGUGAAAUUGGGAUAAAUGAGUAUGAAGGUUGUGCAGAGGUUGAUUUAGAACUGACACUGUCACUGCCAGGAUCAAGUUCUGGUAAUUUAGCCCUAAAAUGGGUCACUUCAAGGACUCCAUUGUCAUCAUCAUCAUCUCAGGGACCAUGCUUGUCUUCCAAAAUGGACACUGAUCAUAAGAAUGUUGAUGAGUUACCACCAUUGAUAGCAAUGGGAUGUGCUCCUUGUUUAAUUUAUGUGAUGAAAUUAGUAGAUCCUCUUGAUAAGAGAAAGUAA